AUGUUUGAAAAUUUCGCAAAAAUCGCACCUUUCGGUGAACAUAAAACAUGGAGACUAUUACGUGCCACGGACUUCGAGUCGCUAAUGUGCUUUAACUUCCGCACGAAUCUCGUUUUUGGACUUUUCCCCUACAAAUACGAAUCGUCCAGAUACGUAUUCUCGGGAAUAAGGUUUGUCUACUCGACCCUCAUACUUCUUAUUUUCAUAGCUGCCUUAUCCGUUACAAUUUAUCAAGUAAAUUUUGGCUCCCUAAUGUACUACAACACACCCGGUACAUUGCUCGCUAAUUUUUCUCUAUUCUUGGGAGGGUUCGACAUCGUGGUAAAGUACGUUCUUACUCGGCCGACGUUGUGUCUUCUUCAGAAUAUCUCCAAAACGUCCCAGAUAUUAUCACCCAAAGAUUUCAACGAUCUUGCGAAACUCUUUCACACGAAGGACAUUUUUGGCCUCCUAUUUCUGGCCGUUCACUUACCGAAUUGUUUUAAACAGAACCUCUUCCGUACCGUGCGACAUCUUACUUUUUUAUAUUUAAUGACGGUGUGCUUUUUAUUGGACAUGUAUUACAUGAAUUGCGUGUGCGUCCUGAAAGCUUGCUUCAGAAAAGUAAACGAAAAUCUUGAAGGAUUAAACAAACCUUGGACGAAAGAUGAAUUGCAAUCGAAUACGUCAGUGAUGGAUGAGGCUCCGCGUAACGAACAAAGGAAUACCUUGUUGUUGAUGAAAGUGAAAAAUUUGGAGGAGAAACACCUGUGUAUCAGCGACGUUGUUCAAUUGUUAAAUAAAACGUUUCUCGUGCACAUUGUCAUCUUGACGGUUACGACGUUCACCGUAAUCACUUUCAACUUGUACUUCUUUCUCCUACGGUUGAACGAAAAUUUUAUUGUGGACUUGACGACACAGUUUUCGUAUGUGCAAUUUCUUCCAAGCAUAUUCUACACCAUGAUCAAAUUCAUGCUGUUAAUUUGGGCCUGCGAAACUGCGAAAAAUCAGGCGCUGGAAAUCGGUGCUACCAUUCACGAUGUCUGUAGCCAUGUUACUGAUAGGUUGGUGAAAUACGAGUUGGAGCUAUUUUCUCUUCAAGUACUGCAGCGAGAUAAUACGUUCUCUGCGAGAUUUGUCACGAUGAACGCAGCGCUUCUUACACAGGUAACACUUUUGUGA